GUCUCAGGAGAUUGUGCUUGAUUUCCAGUGUUAGCCCCUGUUAUGUGCGAAUUCUCCGUCGCACUUCCUCCUUUGACUGCUAACGAAAGUGAAAGACUUCUCGAGUCCUGCGGAUCGGGAGCAGCGCGGAUGAAAUCGGAUGGAAGAAAAGUCCAAAUAUAAAUAUGAAAGCCUUCACGAGAAUCACUAAGAAUCAUCACAUUGUUGAUAAAUUAAGAGAGAGACUAGAAGAGCUAACCCUCUCAGAUUACCAUGGACUGGACAGUCCAGGUUUUACGUGCUAUUUGAACAGCGUGCUUCAGGUGCUUUUCAUGACCAGUGACUUCAGAGAGGCCGUGAUAAGAUGCUGCAUUGAAGAUUCAACAACCAUAGAUGGACAGCUGAGAAAACUGUUUAAUGAUUUAGAGAAGAGGAAAACCAAAACGCACGACAUCACAGAAAGACUUGGGAUCACAAAUUUGUACGAGCAACGUGAUGCUGCCGAGUAUUUUGAAAGGAUCUUGUGUUGGAUAAAUCCUGAAGCUUCAAAGGUAUUCAAGGGGGAGCUGAAUCAUAAAACCACAUGCCAUGGUUGCUACAAGAAGAAUGGUUCCAGGAGCUCUUUUUGGAUUCUGCCACUUGCGGUAGAAUCAGAUCACCAGACCUUCGACGUGGGACAAGGACUGAAGGAUUUCUUCAAGAAACAGAUAUUCCACGGGGACAAUCAGGUGUACUGCAGCCACUGUGAUAAAAAGCAAAAUGCAUACAUUAAACCGGAGUUAACACAAAAUCCAGAUGUCCUGACCCUCCUGCUGAAGAGAUUUACCUUUGAUUACCAUCGGCAGUGUUACGUCAAAGUCCAUUGCAAAGCUGAUGUGCCACAAACUCUGUACAUGGAGCAGUGCACGUAUGAGCUCUACGCUGUGGUUAACCACCGUGGUACUCUAUCAGGAGGACAUUACACCGCCCACAUCAAAUCUUUUGAAAAUGGCCACUGGUAUUACUUCAACGACGACACUGUUAAAAAUCUCAGUCGACAGCCAUUCAGGACUCAAGAAGAAUCCCUGAGGUCUUGUACAGCUUACCUCCUCAUGUACAGGAAAGUGAGAAAAGAACUGGAACAAGAUGAUGGAAGAGACCAGGACGCUCAUAGUGCACAUUCAGAUAUAGAAGCUGAAAGAAGUCAGGACACCGGCAAAGACAAAGAGGCUCAACUGCAGAUCAGAGGUCGUAUAGGAGGGGAAACAUUAAAGAAGAACCUCGUUGAUGCAGCUUGUUUUGUAGAACCAGAUGGUCUUCAGCAGAACAAAACGUUUCCUCUAAUGGACAAUGAAGCAGAUGGAGACAGUUUCAGAACGCAAACGCAAAAAUUACAUGUUUCAAAGACGCAGUUUAACGGAAACUAUCAUGUGACGAAUGGUCAGCACCUCUGUACAAACUCAAAGCACAACAAGCGUCAUCUCAGCAGUGAAGGGACCCUUGCAGUGAAUUUUAGAACACAGCAGGAAAACCAUAACACCAAAACAAAAAGACCAAGGAUGAACGGUGCUUUCUGUAAAACACAGGACGCCACCGGCACAAAGACUGGAGUAAAGAUCAAUGGUGGCAGCGUGAGAGAAACAGUUCACCCAGAGUUAAAAGGAGAGAGUCUAAAACUAAGAAAAGAGGCUGGUGUCAGUGAUAUGAGUGACUCUGCUUCAAGACGCUCACACAGUCAGUCUGGAAUGAACCGACCCACUGAGAGGAUACACUCACAAGAUAUGAUCAGAAGAUCAAGCACCUUAAAUAGAAACAAGGUGAAAACACAGCAUGACACACAAACUGUGAUAAAGACAGAACGUUUGAGUAAGAAAAGUGAAGCUAAAAGGUGUGAAGACAGAUCAGGGAGACCACCAUGGAGGUAAAGAAAUAAAACAAUGAACCACACUGGUUUAACUUUGUGUUGAGCUUCUUUUUUAAAAACACAAUUAUAAAUGUUGGUUGGUUUCUCUCCAUGUUCCCUGUCUGUUAUAUCAUUAAUAACA